AUGGCACAGGAUAUACUGGACAGAACUGUACUAAAGGCCUAUUGUGACAUGGAGACUGAUGGUGGUGGUUGGACUGUCAUUCAACAAAGAACGAAUGGCUCUGUUGACUUUUACCGCAACUGGACUGAUUACAAGGAAGGUUUUGGUAGCCUUACUGGAGAAUUUGAAUGUGCAAUAACAUUCAGAGGAGGAUGGUGGUAUAAUGCAUGUUAUGACUCAAAUCUAAAUGGACUAUAUAUAGAAAGGAUUAUUUACACAGAACUUGAAGCAACUCUUUCACAGCCCGGAGAAGGUCAUCCAAAUU